UCCGUGAGAUUUCCCCUAAAUUUCUUCAUUUGGAGGAAAAUUUAAAAUUGACCUUUAUCCCAAAUUAUAAAAUAAGAAAGAUAAUCAAUAUUCUUGAGGCCCAUCAAUUCACAACUGUCACCAUGGCUGCGAUCGAUUCGUCCUUUAAAAUUUAAACCGUCCACUGCAGAAUUUUUUUGCUCUCUGCCUGUGGCUGUUGCUCUCUGGCAAGUAGUGAGACAAAAUUAACAAUCUCAUGCGUUACAAGAUUCUUAAUCCGUUGAUUACGAUUACUUCCACUUCCCGUCAUCAUCCUGGCACUGGACUUGGCGAUAGCAGAACCAGCGCCUGAUUCUGAUUCUUCGCUUUCUUCUCUCGUUUCUGAAAUUAUUUUUCCAUUUUGGGGUUCCGGUGCCGCUUUAUUAUUUCCUUUUAUCAAUUUUUUUCCCAACCGCAAUCCAUUUUUCCGGCACCGGCAACCCAGUUUCGCGAGAUUUGAUGGUUCGGAGUUGGUAAUUUCGAAAAAUUGAUAUGGGGGCGCUCUUGAUUCUGACGUUCGUGUUUGGUUUUGCUUUGGGGGUUGUGGCAAUCAUCGCGGCGGAGGCUCUGGGAGUGUCUAUCAUGUUGAGGAAGUUGAGCAAGAGGUCUGAGAAGGACCUGGCUAAAGCCCAUGCCAAGUUAGAGAAAUCGGUGCCAGAUCCUCUCCAAUCCCUUGAAUUUCUGUCCAACAAACAGGGUCCUGUUUGGAUACUAGAAUCAAAUGUCCUAGAAGAUUUCGUUGAGAAAGCAUCUAAAGAACAAAAGAAAAAGAAGGAUUUCUUGGAGGUAACUCCUGUGAAAAGGUAUGCCACAAUCAAGGACCAUAAAUUAAUGAUAUUGGAACCUGGUGGUAAGAAGAAAACAAUUCAAUUAAAUGGCUGCACCAUUGAAGCCGUUUCAGCAGCAACCUUGCCUUCAAGAAAAUGGGUGAAAAGGUUCCCUUUAAAAUUGGAAAAUAGGACCUCUGUAAUUUAUAAUGAAAGUAAAACAAUUUUCAUUUUUCUUGAGACUUCCUGGGAGAAGGAAUCAUGGUGUAAAGCCCUCCGUUUUGCUUCAUGUGUUGACAAACAAAGACUGCAGUGGUUUGCUACAUUGCACAAAGAGUUCCAUAGUUAUAUCUCUUCAUUAAGUACUGGGUAUCCUUCAUUUAUGAAGCCCUCUGCAGGGUACAAUGCUGAAGCAAUAGAUAAGGAGAUCAAGCCUAAUGCUUCUUCUUCAAAAGUUCGCUUAUUUUUCAGAAGGCUGACAAAGAAGACUUCAAAGGCUGGUUUGGACUACAAAAUAGGUUCUUCUUCUUUGCGUGAAGAAAAGAAGAUUAGUGAGAGGAUUCAUCCGAGUCCAGAUUUUCUUUCAUCAGCAAGCUUGCCAAGGGGAAUUCCAAAGGUGCGGAGUGCUAAAAGUUUCUUGGAGGAAGAUAUGGCAGCACCAUCAACCUUGACUCAUUCAGGAAGCCAAAGUCAAGCCUCUGUUGUCUCGGAAGCAGAUUCUGAUGAGAGGCUCUGGACUGAUGAGGGAACACUUUGUUGGAAUUUGUUGUUAUCACGAUUCUUUUUCGAUGCGAAAAGCAAUGAAGGGCUAAUGAAAUCCUUGCAUGAUCGAAUUCAGAGGAUGUUGUCCAGGAUGAGGACUCCGAGUUACAUUGGUGAAGUCAUCUGUACUAAAGUUCAUCCUGGAAAUCUCCCGCCCAAUAUCAAUUCUAUUAGGGUUCUUCCCUUUGAAUUGAAUGACGUAUGGGCUUUGGAGGUUGACUUCGAAUACUCUGGAGGUUUUGUCUUAGACAUUGAAACUAGAAUUGAAGUUCAUGAAUUAGAUCUUCAAAAAAACGCAGUGGACUCAAAAUCUGAUUCAAGUGAUGUUGGAGAUGUUUCUUCAAUUCUAGAAGAUUAUCUUGGAAAGCAGUUCAUUACUUCUGAAGGAACAGAACAGAACCAGAACCAGGAAGGUGGAUCAGGAAACAGUAAGAACUCCACGUCCUCAACGACUGGUGGAUCCAGGUGGAAAUCUCUAAUGAAUUCCAUUGCUAAACAGGUUUCUCAGGUGCCUAUCUCUUUGGUAGUAAAGAUUGCAUCUCUUCGAGGAACGCUGCGGUUACACAUAAAGCCGCCUCCUUCUGAUCACUUAUGGUAUGGUUUUACAUCCAUGCCUGAUUUGGAGUUGCGCCUGGAAUCAUCGUUUGGGGAUCAUAAGAUUACCAGUGGGCAUGUUGCUUUGUUUUUGAUCAACCGGCUUAAGGCAGUAAUCAAGGAUACUCUAGUGCUCCCCAACUGUGAAAGUAUUUACAUCCCUUUCAUGAUGGCAGAGAAAAAUGACUGGGUUCCGCGGGAUGUUGCACCGCUUCUCUGGCUUAACCAAGGAGCUUCUGAUAAUAAAACUGCAUCUGAAAAUCAGAGAUGCCCUCCUGUUGAGGCCAAAAAUAGAUCUGACGCCAGUAAAGCAACUUCCACUGAUCAACAGGGAACUGUACAUAAAAAACCAAAGAACGUUGAAUCAUCUCAACCGCAGUCUGACUUAUCAAAUGCAUCAAAGGCUUCAUCAAGUACUGGUAAUCCAGUUCCAGCUACAAGUACGACAUUGGAUGAAAAUGAAAUGAGAAUCCCUUUGUUAGAAAAUGACAAAGCAGUUGUAAUUUUGCAGCAAAAUAGAGAGGAGGCCCAAGAGAAUUACCCACCAUCUAGAUCUAGAAGCUUAUUUGGGCUGGAAAAUCAAAACGCUGAAGAAGAUGACUCAAAGCCAAGGAGAAUAGGAAGAAGAGCAAGAAUGCUGGAAAUAGGGAAGAAGAUGGGGGAGAAACUAGAAGAAAAAAGACGUAAUAUUGAAGAAAAGAGCAGGAAUAUUGUUGAGAAGAUGCGAGGAACAUAAAUUUAAUAAAUCUCAAUACUUGAAAAUGGAAGGCAGGAAAUGUGAAUCUGAUUCUGAGAAGUGAAAAUGGGGGUUCUUCGUUUCUUCCAGAUUCACAUACUAAAGCUACCAGAGUACAAAUUUUGCAAGUAUUGUUUUCUUUCUUGAUUCUAGAGCUCGAUUCAGGUGGAGCUGAGGAAAUUCAAAUUGUAUUGGUCCAGUUCUGAGUAUAGGAAAUCCUUAAUGUGAUAUUUUUGUGUUUUAUGGGUUAGAUCAACAUUUCUCUCUGUAUAGAAACCUUACAGUUACAAGCUUAAUCCCCGUGAACAUUGGUGCGCCGUUGGGUACAUCAAAUAAAAGGAGCUUAUCAAUACAUUAAAGAAUUUUUUUAUCA